AUUCAUUACAGCCAAGCGAGAGGAUAUAAGGGCUCAUUGUUGUAGUUGAUAGAGGCAGCAUAUUUUCACAUAGCUUCUGGGUAGUAUUUGCCAGUCUCAAAACAUUCCUUGGCAAUACUCUACAUUUUUUUGUCCCACUACAUCCGACAAAAUUAUCGAAUAACAAUUUUUUUUUUCUGUUCUGGUUUCGGAGCAGUUUGCCCUUGUACAUAUUUUUAAUAUUACUGCAUCAUCGUAAUGAGUUCAGAAAAAGGCGACUAUAGAGUAGUCAUAGAAGACAAGGACACAAAUGCACCAGCACCCGCAACCUCCAAUUCCAGCGUGGUUGCUCCAUCUCUCAUCAAGCUCUCUCCAGGUGCCCGUGCUGCUCUUCCCAUCAUCAGUUACUGUACCGCAAGCAUUCUCAUGACCGUCACCAACAAGUACGUUGUUAGCGGCUAUGACUUCAACAUGAACUUUUUGCUCUUGUCUAUUCAGAGUAUCGUUGCAGUUGUGCUAUUGGAGUCAUUCAAGUUCUUGAAUUUGAUCAAAUAUCGUGAUUUCGACUGGAAUGAAGCCCGUAACUGGUUUCCCAUUGCUGCCUUUUUGGUUGCCAUGAUUUACACUGGUUCCAAGGCUCUCCAAUAUCUCAGAAUCCCUAUCUAUACUAUCUUCAAGAAUCUUACCAUCAUUUUAAUUGCAUAUGGAGAAGUCUUUUGGUUUGGUAGCCAUGUCACGCAAUUGAUGUUGGUAUCUUUCCUUCUCAUGGUAUUUUCUUCCAUCAUCGCUGGUUGGGCGGAUGUCUCUGCCACACUUUCUGAAUUGGUCAAGCUGGAUACUACCAUUAUUGGCUACAUUUGGAUGGCUGCCAACUGCUUUUCUUCUGCUGCCUUCGUCUUGUUCAUGCGCAAGCGUAUCAAGAUGUUCAACUUUAAGGACUUUGAUACUGUGUUCUACAACAACUUGCUCUCCAUUCCAUUGCUUAUCAUUCCUAGCUUCCUGUUUGAGGAUUGGAGAGCGGAGAACCUGGCUAAGAACUUCCCCGACGAAGUUCGCACCCAGCUCAUUUUGGCUAUGGUUUUCUCUGGUGUCUCAGCAUUUGCCAUGUCCUAUGCUUCUGCUUGGUGUGUUCGCACAACUUCAUCCACAACCUACUCCAUGGUUGGUGCUUUGAAUAAACUACCCAUCGCUGCUUCUGGCAUUGUUUUCUUCGGAGACCCGGCUACUUUUGCUAACAUCUCUGCAAUUUUCGUCGGUUUCGUUGCUGGCUUGGUCUAUUCGUAUGCAAAGGCAUUCCCUCCCAAGACCAAUACCACCCAAAGCAUCCCCAUGUCAUCAUCUAGUCAAAGUGCUACCGACGCAACUAAAGCCAACAGCGACUAAUAUCUCCAACUCAAAGAACCUACCUCCCUUUGCACUUUCUUUGUUUGGCUUCAUAGGCUUUUUACCAACCUUAUGAAUCAUUCAUUCCAUAUGCUGUCCUUGUACACCAAAGGUAGACAGUAAAUCAAAUACCGUGGCUAGAUGUUGCUUUUGUCUUUUUUUUUUUUCCUUUUUAAUAUUACUUUUGUUCGUUCGCUAUAUCACAGAUCAAUACAACGAAAGAAAGCACUUUAUUUCCCAUAGAAUAAAUACAAUGCUUCUUUUUUUCCUUCACUUGAACAGUUGCAGCAGCAUCACAUUCAGAGAAUGAUCGGCUCGUUUGAAGUUCCGAGAUAACAAUGCCUGCCUUCUGAUGUUCCGUACAUUAUAUAAAGGAC